CCCCAGCAGCAGCAGCAGCAGCAGCAGCGGGCUCCUCCACCGCAGCAGCGGCGGGCUCCUCCACCGCAGCAGCGGCGGGCUCCUCCACCGCCGCAGCGGCGGGCUCCUCCACCGCAGCAGCGGCGGGCUCCUCCACCGCCGCAGCGGCGGGCUCCUCCACCGCAGCAGCGGCGGGCUCCUCCACCGCAGCAGCGGCGGGCUCCUCCACCGCCGCAGCGGCGGGCUCCUCCACCGCAGCAGCGGCGGGCUCCUCCACCGCAGAAGGGGCGGGCUCCUCCACCGCCGCAGCGGCGGGCUCCUCCACCGCAGCAGCGGCGGGCUCCUCCACCGCAGCAGCGGCGGGCUCCUCCACCGCCGCAGCGGCGGGCUCCUCCACCGCCGCAGCGGCGGGCUCCUCCACCGCAGCAGCGGCGGGCUCUUCCACCGCAGAAGGGGCGGGCUCCUCCACCACCGCAGCAGCGGGCUCCUCCACCGCAGCAGCGGCGGGCUCCUCCACCGCCGCAGCGGCGGGCUCCUCCACCGCAGCAGCGGCGGGCUCCUCCACCGCAGCAGCGGCGGGCUCCUCCACCGCAGCAGCGGCGGGCUCCUCCACCGCCGCAGCGGCGGGCUCCUCCACCGCAGCAGCGGCGGGCUCCUCCACCGCAGCAGCGGCGGGCUCCUCCACCGCAGCAGCGGCGGGCUCCUCCACCGCAGCAGCGGCGGGCUCCUCCACCGCAGCAGCGGCGGGCUCCUCCACCGCCGCAGCGGCGGGCUCCUCCACCGCAGCAGCAGCGGGCCCCCCCGCCGCAGCAGCAGCCGCCACACUAG